AUGAAACAUUAUCUUGCUUCUCUGUGUCUACUGAGAACAUUUCUACAUAUCUUGGCUCAAUGCACUGUCCCAGCAUCAGAGUUUCAGCUGGAAGGAGAUUAUUUGUUAGGUGGACUUUUUGACAUUCAUCAGGCCAGUGACCCUGUUUGUCAGGACAGACCAGAAGCCAGCGACUGCUCCAGCCAACCCUUCCUUCUCCCAAAUUAUCGAAGGUUUCAGUUGAUGAGAUUCACUGUAGAGGAAAUCAAUAACUCCACCAACCUCCUGCCAAAUGUAUCUCUCGGCUAUGAGAUAUUUGAUCACUGCUCAGACACACGAAGUUUUCCAGGCAUUUUGAAACUCCUCUCAGUCAAUGACUUGAUCAAACCUUUGGGUGAGCCACAGGAUGUGUCCAAAGUGAUAGCACUGGUCGGUCCUUUUACAAGCACUCAGUCUGUGACUGUAGCUCCACUGUUAAUGGCAGGUCUCAUUCCCAUGGUCAGUUAUGGAGCUUCUAGUUCUGUCUUUUCAGAAAACAUAAAUUUUCCCUCUUUCCUACGAACAGUGCACCCCAAUAAAAAUGCCGUACAAGUGACUGUUGACAUUGUGCAGCAUUUCAAGUGGCGCUGGGUUGCUUUCCUUUACAUUGAUGAUGACUAUGGCAAAGAUGGACUGGAAUUGAUCAUAAAAAGGAUUAAGGACACUGAGAUCUGCCUUGCAUUGACCAAAGGUCUCAACGACAAUACAAAUUACUCCCAAAUAUUCAAACAGAUCAAGGAACAGGGAGUAGGUGUCAUUAUUGUUUUUGCUCCGAAAACGACUGUUGAAGCUCUCAUUGAGUCAGCAAUACAACUAAACGUCACCAACAAAGUGUGGAUAGCAGAUGAGGGAUGGUCCUUAAACAAAGAGCUCCCCAAGAAGAAAGGAAUCAAAAAUAUUGGGACUGUACUUGGAGUGUCUCAGCCAGUAGUGACAAUACUUGGUUUCAGUGAUUUUAUCCAUUCUUCCAGAAGCCAGGCUCAUUGUGAAAACACAAAGCAAAUUAUGUUUUGUAAUCAGGAUUGCAACUGCAGCAGCCUGAGUGCAGAAGAUGUCAUCGCUGCAGAUCCAUCUUUUAAUUUUCCUGUUUAUUCUGCUGUAUAUGCCAUCGCUCAUGCCUUACACAAUGUCCUGCAAUGUGGAGCUGGCGGCUGUAACAACAACAUUACAGUGUACCCACACAUGGUUCUAGCAGAGCUGAAGAAAUCAAACUUUACACUUUUAGAUCGAAGCAUUCAGUUUGAUGAGAAUGGUGACCCCACAUUCGGAUCCUAUUCUAUAGUUUUCUGGAACCAAAGCGGUGAUGCAGAGGAGAUCGGCUUUUAUCAUUUACACCCAUCAGUCAAUUUUUCCAUCAACGACAGCAAAAUUCAGUGGCACACAAAUGGACAAGUGCCUACUUCAAUUUGUUCAAAAGAAUGUCUUGCGGGAUAUGUGAAAAAGCAAGAUGGAAUCCACAGAUGCUGCUUCACUUGUGAAAUCUGUCCGAAUGGAACUUAUAUCAACAGCACAGGUAAUCCCUACAAGUGCAUCGCCUGUAAGGAGACAGAAUGGUCUGCAGCAGGAAGUACAUCAUGCAAUCUGCGGGUGGUGGAGUACAUCCCAUUCACAGACAGUGGGGCCAUACUGAUCAUGAUCGGGGCCUGGGCAUUGGUGGGCCUCACACUAGCCAUGUCUGUUCUCUUUGCCAUCAACUACAACACACCUGUUGUCAGAUCUGCUGGGGGACCAAUGUGCCUUCUGAUUUUAGGCUGCCUCAGUCUGUGUAGUCUCAGUGUGUUCUUUUACUUUGGUGAGCCAACAACCUCCUUCUGUAUCUUAAGGUUCUUACCAUUUCUGUUGUUCUACACUGUUUGUCUAGCAUGUUUUGUUGUGCGCUCUUUUCUAAUUGUUUGCAUUUUCAAAAUAGCCGCCAAGUUUCCCAAGAUCCACAGUUGGUGGAUGAAAUAUCAUGGACAAUGGCUGGUCAUCACUGUGGCAUUUGCUAUGCAGGCUGUUUUACUUAUUAUUGGCUAUACUUUUUCCCCAUUUAAGCCCUACAAUGAAACAUUUUGGUACCCAGACAAAAUCAUACUUGGUUGUGACAUUAAUCUAAACGCAUCCUCUGGUUCUGUGAUUUUACUUUUAUCUUUGUGCUCCCUUUGCUUUAUUUUCUCCUACAUGGGAAAGAACCUCCCAAAAAACUACAAUGAGGCCAAAGCAAUAACCUUCUGCCUGCUCCUGCUGAUCCUCACCUGGAUCGUCUUUGCAACUGAAUACAUACUUUAUCAUGGCAAGUACACCCAAACACUAAACGCUCUGGCAGUACUCUGCAGUCUCUACUCCUUUCUGUUGUUUUAUUUCCUUCCAAAAUGUUACAUCAUCAUUUUUCAACCCCACAGAAACACGCAGGAAUACUUCCAAGGACUCAUUCAGAGUUAUACCAUGACAGUCAGCUAG